GCACGUCCUCGUCCUCUUCGUUCGUCCUCAGUGCAGGAUAACGAAGCAGUCUCCUCUACAUCUUCUGAAACGAGUCAUUUUAGCAAGAGUUUAACAUCGGACUCACCCCUCUGCUAUUAUCCUGUCCACUCCACGACUGUUGAAGAGGAUUUACACCGCCACGCGCAGUUUUUGAGCGACUUCUUGACAAUCAUCGUCACCACUGCCAACUAUGGAUGUGAUCGUGCGUCGCUGUCCGUUCCUGGCUCGAGUGCCUCAGGCUUUCUUCCAGCAGCCCAAAAAGUCUAUGGUGUCGUAUGCCCAGCGAUGCCCCAUCAUGAUGGAGCUGGCUGCUAAACCUAUGGCUCCAUCAAUGGCAAGGGCCCUCUGCUCUUCCUCCUCCUCUUCCUCCUCCCACCAGAGGACCGAGGACAUCAUGUCUGCCACUGAAGCUCCUAAAGUGGAAGAGAAGCCCAAGCUGCCAACUGGCCACCCUAUGCCACCCGCAGGUCAGGCAGUGGCCUCCAAAUGCCCGUUCCUGGCUGCUGAGAUGGGCCAGAAGAACAGCAGUGUGGUCCGCCAGGUCGGCAUAGAGUUCCAAGAGGAUGUACAGGAAGUCCGCACUGUACAGAAAGAAGUGUCUCCUGCCCAGUUGAAGAAGCCGUCCCUGGUCAGUACCAUUAAGGGAAGUGGAGGGGAGCAAACUAACCUGAUGACGACCCUCCUGAAACAGCGACCUAAAAGUGUCACCCACUUGCUGCAGGACAACCUGACAGGCAGUAUGUCCCGCUACCAAUACGAUGACUUUUUUGAGAAGAAGAUAGAAGAGAAGAAGAGUGACCACACGUACCGUGUGUUUAAGACUGUGAAUCGUCUGGCCAGUGAGUUCCCGAUGGCCGAGGACUUCACUGGCUCUUUGGAGGACAAGAGGGAGGUGUCUGUUUGGUGCAGCAACGACUACCUGGGCAUGAGUCGACACCCACGGGUUGUGCAAUCCAUUACGGAUACUUUACGAAAGCAUGGUUCAGGGGCAGGAGGCACCAGGAACAUCUCUGGAACCAGUAAAUUCCACGUGGAACUGGAACAUGAACUGGCUGACCUUCACAAGAAGGACGCUGCUCUGCUCUUCACCUCUUGUUUUGUUGCCAACGACUCCACUCUCUUCACCCUCGCCAAAAUGCUACCUGGUUGUGAGAUCUACUCUGAUGCAGGCAACCACGCCUCAAUGAUCCAGGGUAUCAGAAACAGCGGUGCUAAAAAAUUCAUUUUCCGCCACAAUGAUGUCGCUCAUCUCCGAGAGCUUCUACAGAAGGGAGACCCCUCUAAACCGAAGAUUGUGGCUUUUGAGACCGUCCAUUCCAUGGAUGGUGCUGUGUGUCCACUGGAGGAGAUGUGUGACUUGUCCCACGAGUUUGGUGCCAUCACCUUCGUAGACGAGGUGCACGCUGUGGGCCUGUACGGCGCCAGAGGAGGAGGAAUCGGAGACAGAGACGGCGUCAUGGACAAGAUGGAUAUCAUCUCAGGGACACUGGGCAAGGCCUUCGGCUGCGUGGGCGGCUACAUCGCGAGCACUUCUGCUCUGGUGGACACGGUGCGUUCCUACGCCGCAGGAUUCAUCUUCACCACCUCUCUGCCGCCGAUGCUGUUAAACGGAGCCAGGAACUCCAUCCAGGUUCUUAAAGGCGAAGAGGGCCGCGCCCUGAGACGCAAACACCAGCGCAACGUCAAGCUGCUCAGACAGAUGUUGAUGGACUCGGGGCUGCCAGUGGUGCACUGCCCUAGCCACAUCAUCCCAAUCAGGGUAUCAAACGCAGAGAAGAACACAGAGGUAUGUGACCUCAUGAUGAGUCGCCACAAUAUCUACGUGCAGGCAAUCAACUACCCCACUGUUGCCAGGGGAGAGGAGCUUCUGCGUAUCGCGCCAACGCCUCACCACACCCCCGAGAUGAUGAAAUACUUUGUUGAGCGGCUGGUGCACACCUGGAAGGAGGCGGGGCUGGAGCUGAAGCCCCACACCUCGGCAGAGUGCACGUUCUGCCAGCAGCCGCUGCACUUUGAAGUGAUGAGCGAUCGUGAAAAGUCUUACUUCAGCGGCCUGAGCCACCCUAUCUCAGCCUGCGCAUAACACUACUCACUACUGCUGGCUCGAGACGGCACAUAUACACUCGACACCCAUUCCUCUAUCACUGUCAUAGAAUGUAUUCUCUUUGAUAAGUCCCCUUACACAUAUUAUUUAAAAUAUUCUAUGUCCAGAUGUUCUAUAUGCUCAGAAAUAAAGUAUGAGAAAGAAAGAAAAUCU